AAAAGUUAAAUUGUGAAGAAAUAUACAUCUCAGGUUCAGGGAAAUACAAUGCGAAGCACUGAUUCAUCCUUUUAGCUGGUUUCUUGAGCACCUAGCAUCUACAGUUCAUGGCACUGGAUGCUGGGGACGGGGCGAUAUGGAAGCCCCAGCCCCUGCCCUCACGGAGCUCAAGGCAACUGGUUCAGCCCCUGCGAGCAGCACCCAGCCGUUGAAGAGUCAGACUCUGGAGCUUAACAAAUGGAGUCCUGUUCUCGUCUCACAGUUAGGUGUCUGGACACCAGAGGAAACUUACCUUGAGGAUCACUGUGCUCACGUAGACUGUGACAGAUGGGGUGACGAUCGCGCAUUCUGGCUUACACCUGCUGUCCUGGCACAGUUAUUAAUAGCAUCCUCCCUCCCACUCUCAAAAAUGUCCUGGUUCGGAUGGGAAAACACCGAGGGAGGCAUCAUUUACGACUGCUGGGUUCCACAUUUGUGCUGAAGAGGGUCUUGGUUUGCAGCGAGAGAACUGUUUCAAAAUAGGGUCUGUUCCAACGCAGGAUCAAGCCCACAGAAGCUGCGGGAGGGUCGCUGAGUUGAUUUGGGUCCCAUUCUCCCUGUGGGCACCUGCCACUCCGUAUGUUCUGGUUACUCAACUCAUGGAAGCAUCAAAAUCUGGGACAGUCAGGUUUAAAAAACAAUAAACAUGUACAUACAACGAUCAGAACGUGUUUUCCUUAUGAUCACAGUCAGGUUAACCAGAUCUUAAAUUCAUAUUCUUCGGAAUGGAUAGAAAGGAUGUUAGUGUUUGUGUCGAGUCUUACAGAGGAAGUUGGAAAAAUAAUUACAUGGCAACACUGGUCUAGGUGAAGGUGGAUGGAGAUUUUGUUUUCUGUGUUGCUAUAGAAAUGUGUAUGGGAAGAUUGAAUUUUUAUACAAUUUCAUUUUUAAACAGUAUUUUUUUAAGUUUAUUUCUUUUGAGAGGGUACGCCCAGGAGUGGGGGAGGGGGAGAGAGACAAUCCCAAGCAGUCUCCACGCUGUGAGUGCAGAGCCCCCUGUGGGGCUCAGACCUACGAACCGUGAGAUCAUGACCUGAGCUGGAACCAAGAGUCAGGUGUUUAACCAACUGAGCCACCUGGGCACCCCUAAAAUUUCAUUUUUAUUUAAGUGAUAUACCUGAUGUUUAAGGAAAACAUUUAGAAAGACAGGACACUCUGUAUUUAUGAUAAAUUGGUAACUUGCAGCCUGUUUCAUUAGCAGGUAGUGAUGGCAGGAUCUUCUGGGGCCGGGUGGUCCCUGUCCUGAGGACCUGUAGGUAUCCCCAAAUCCUGCCCACCUUCUGUGGUUGGUCUUGGAUUUUAGCACAUGGAGAUGCUGGGCUCCAACCCCCGGUAUCUGAUUCACUAGAUCUGGAGUUGGACUGAGCGUUGGCGUUUCUAGCGAGUGGCCCCGUGAUGCUGCUGCUGCUGGUGGGGUGGCUGAGCGGGGGACACCCUCUGGAACCACUGCUUAGAGUUAAGUGUGGAGCGGACGGAAGGGUCCUAGGAAUCUGACCUCAAGCGCCGCCCUUAGGAUAGUGUAGUCGUAGGCUGUGGGACGGGACUUCUGUGCAUCGAUGCCAGGAGCCGUGCUGUGUGCAUAUGUUUAAUCAUCUCAGCAGCACUGCAGGGAGGGGGUGGUGGCCUCACCCUACAGAUGGGGAAAGGGAGGCCUGGAAAGGAUCACGUGACUCGUGCAGCUGCCACGUGGGAGAGCCGGGUCGAAGCCACUGCUCGGUGCCGAGACCCUUAGAAAAUGAGUAAGUGUCAAAGGCCUCACAGAGCGAAGAUGAUUCUGGUACCACAAGCAGGAGUGAGCAGCCCGAGAAUGACCGUGUGGACACCGCUUCCCCGGCACACUGUGCUCUCGUCCGUGGUGGUCUAAUUAGCGCUGACAGGAUGGCCGGAAGAUUGGCAGUUGUGGAGAACCUUGGAUGACUCUCACUCUAAAUGUAUACUGUGCCUCGGAAGAUUAGCUAAUUAAUUAGGUUGACACAUCAGUCAUCGUCAGCAAGCCGUCUUUAAACUGCACAUCUGGAACUUGAAGAUCAAAUGCUAUGCUUUAAACUAUGUUUAAAGUCACCCAGCAUUCACUUUAGGACUUUAAACGCAUCGUGGUAAAUGUUUACAAGCUACUCCUGAAUUGUCUUCAUGUGGACGUGUCCCAGUAACAUGAAGGCACGUCCCUCUCAGCCCUCCUUUCUCGGGAUCCUCUCUUCCAGACUCUCAAUUUUGGAAUGUUCUGGGGCUGAGUCCUCUGCUCUCUUCCCAGGCAAUCUCAGGCCCGUGUCUCUAAACGGCACGCAGAUACCGGUCAUUCCCAUGUGUAUGUUUCCAGCCCCAAACUCUCCCCUGAACUACAGACUGCCCACUUGCUCUCUGCCCGGACGUCUCGCAGGGGUUCUCAUGUGACGUGCACAGACCAGAGCUCAUGGUUCUCCGCCUCACCGACCGCCUCACCGGCUCCUCUCGGGGUGCCCACAGCAGGAAAUAAUGCCGUUUUUGAUCUAAGCGUUCAGGCUCAUCCCUGACUCCUCCCCCAACCCACGCCCGAUGUAUCCGUAAGUCCUCUGGGGCUUGCUUUUUGAUGUAUCCCCUCCUCUCUGGCACUUGUUGCGGGCCACCACCGUCUCUCCCUGGACUGCCGAGGCCCCCUCCUUCCUAACUGGUUUUUUGGUUUCCACCCUUGCCUCAUGAUCAUCUGAUCGGCAUUCAUUAGAUCAAAUCAGGCCUGUUCACGAUUGUCAGAUAGCUUCCUGUCACAGUGUGAGGUCAGCCCAGAGUCCUUGCCGUGGCCUGUGGCGCCCUGUACUCUGGCCCCCGAGCAGGCUUUCGAGCUUUUCCUUCAAGUGUUCUUGGAACAUGCCAGGUGCACUCCUGCCUCAGGGCCUUUGCUCUGGCUGUUCCGUCUACCUGGAGCGUUCGUUCCCCCGGGCAUGGGGUGCGCCUCCCGAGAGCCCGGGUCAGAAGCCGCGUCCGUCAUUUGCUGGUUACGUACCUUGGAAAGUUGCUCGCCCCUCCUCCUCGUAAGUGGGUUUUCUCAUCGGAGAAGUGGAGCCAGCAUCUGGGCCGUUGUGCGGUCCUGACGGGAAGCCCGGCGAUGCCAAGGGCCGGGGAACCAAAGCUCUUGUGUGUGUUUGUGCCCUGACUCCUCCAGGUCCGGUUUGCAUGGCACUCGGGGGCCACUCCCACCUUUCCCGUCACUCUCCCCCCACUGUCCCCUCAGCCCAGCCUUUUCGUUUCCCUUCUUCUAACGUGGCACUUACUUGCUGCUUUUCCGUGAUCUUUUCCCUCGUCGGGAGGUAAGCUCCUGUCAGCCACUAUUUCACCAGAGCCCAGGAGGCCUCCUGGCACACAGCUGAGGCCCACCGAUUUUUGUGGACUGAGCAAUGAAAGGCACAUAUUGGGUACAGACUCAGCCUCUUAUUGGAGAGGGGUGUGCUUCUCGGAGAGCUCAGAGGGCACAAGCAGAUAGCCCUGGUGGCCCUCCCGAGCCCCUCCCACUCAGGGUAGAGGCCACAGUGAGCCAGCUGCUUGUCGGGCUGGGGGCCUCUGUCUCUGCAAGUCAGGAGCUGUAAGGGGCAGGAGGCCACCGAUCCCGAAGGCCUGGAGAGCUGGUGGAAGAUGUGGGCUCCUGUCCCUCUUCUGACACCGCUGUGGUCCAAGCAGAGCAGAGAUUGUGGGACCCCUUUACGGUUGCCCAUUGACCGUCUGCUGGGUGUUGACUGUUAGGUUUCUUUUGCGUAGCCGGAGAGGAAGGGGAGUAGGGUACGGUGCCGGUAAGCAGGCGUGGGUUUGGGCAUGGUGUUGAGCGUUUGGCCAAAGUUGCUAGGCCCCAGCAUGGGGCAUGUGGGAGAGAAAGGUGGGAAAGGUAACUUGGGGACCAGACUCUGCAGGGCCUUGAAUGCCAGUCCGGGCACUUGAGAAUUCCUCCUGUAGGUAUCCCAGGAAGCCUCAACAUUUUAAGAAGUGUUCUCCACGCAUAUUUACACUUUUCCCAAGUAUUCCAAAUAUCAUGAAGUAAGCGGCGGAGGAGAAAAUUAAUUUCUGUUCACUUUAAAAAAGUAGUCUCAGUUCAAGUGGAAUUAUACAUUUAGGGGUGUGGGCUCUCUCCCCUUCAUGUCCCUUGGGCUACAUUUAAUUCCUGGCCCAGUCCUGACUUUGAAAAGAACAACAAAUGAAGAGCUUCUUCAGAAGGCCGGGUGCUGGUUAGCGGAGAGGGGCCUGCUGUGGCUGCCCUUCUCGAGCGAACUAGCAGGCCCGGUGGAGGUCCUCAGAACCCAGAAGCUGGCUCACGGGGAUGCCUUGGAAUCUGAGGUUCUGACCCCUCGUGGUUUGCAGGUUAGGUUAGACCCCAGGAAAGAUGGAGUGGCCGGCUUUACUUCAGGGUUCAUUUCUGUAGAGUGUCCCUUUUAGGCCUGCCCGGAUUGAAACAAAGCAGCCUUGUUUUGGAUACAGUAUCAAUAUUCAGUGAGGAUUAGUACUUUGUUGUUGUUGAUACACCCCUGCCAGAAAUAAGGCAGCUGGCUGGGUGUGGAAAAACACCAGACUGGAGUCUGUGACUUGGGUUCUCUGGCUGUGGAAGCUUGAGGAAACAUCUUUCUCUCUGUGGAUCUCAUUUUCCUCAUUUUGGAAUGAGAGGGAUGUGAACCUUAACCUUUGGAACUCUUUGAGACUUCGAUAACAGCCGUGGGCUUUCCUUCUCCCAAAAUGAACACUCAUGGUUUGGCCAACACUUCAGGACCCCCCUGAAGCCCACGAGACCAAGCGCUGUACCUGUAAGGCCCUUCCCAGCUGACUUCCCCUUUACGUCCCCCCAUUUAUGUACCUCCACCUUCAACAGGGCCUUUGCACAUGCUGCCCCUGCACAAAGUGCUGUUCACCCCUUUGUUUGGUCGAUUCCUGCUCACCCUCUGAGUGUCACCCUUCCCUGACCUCUGAGAUUAGAUUAGGUUGUCCUGCUAGACAUGCUUCCCUUACCCUGAACCUCUCAGCACAUGUUAUCUGACUCUCCCUAAGCUCUGUGUUGGUAUUUAUUAGGUGAACCCCUGAGGUGCCUCCGACCGCACAUUCUGUGAUUGACGUGUGACUGUGCGAGCAUGUCAGAAGAAAAUACCAAUCUGUGCUCUGUGCUUCCUGUGGCACUCUGCACAAGAUGUGUUGUGUUUUUUUUUUUUGUUUUUUGUUUUUUGGUUUUUUUUCUUUGGCUGAUUUCCUCUGGGGCUGGGCAGGGAAGUCACUUCAAAGCAGGGCCUAGAGGGCCCAGAAGACUGGCUCCCAGACUUUCUGCCUCAGUGCCCUGCUGAGCCUGACCUCCAGGCUGGUCCUUCCCCUUUGUUUAUGUUCUGGGCUGAGCUGCAGCUCCCACUUGGAGCCUUCCCACAGUGCCUGGUGCUUCCUCAUAUUGUUGUAUAUUUCUCCAGGGGGGAAGUGACCAACAUCAGACUUUCCUCCGAGCAGACAAAGUCCACGCACAAAGCCUCGCGUCAGCUGCCGGGCACCUGCCUCCAUCUCCUGGCCCCUUGGGGGAGGUGAAUGUGCACAUUACAGCCGUCACUUGCCUUUCCCCGUGAUUUGUCUCUUAAUUUCCCUCCAGGAGUGUUCAUGCCCUGCAGGAAAUCCAGCAGCGCCUUGUGUGGAGGGGAGGGUUCUCUGUAAGAUGCUUCAGAAGCUCGGCAGCCACAGCAUUACCUCCCUGCUUUAGGCCGCUUUCCACAUUCUAAGGUGUUAUUCUGAUAGUUCAAACAUCAUAGGUGAAAUUUUAUUUGCGCUAAAGAAAUGAGUUGUCUACCAGAAUGUUGCAGCACGUUUCCUCUGAUAUGGGGGGAAAACAAAAAACAAAAAGCAAAAAAAAAAAAAAAAACCCUUGUGCAGGUAAAUACGUUUUCUUUAAUAUAUCUGAAGCUGGAUGUUUAUAGAUUUUAAUAAAAUAAUAAAAACAACCAUCCUUUAAGAGUAUCUGCUAUGUGCCAAGCACUUUUUCAACAUCAUAUUUAACUUUUUCGCUGCCCUAUGAAGUAGGCGGCAUAAUUGUACACAUUUUACAUAAGUGAAAAACUCAGGACCAGAGAGGUUAGGUUCCUGUCCCAAAGUUGCCCAGCUGAAAGUGCUCACAGAGAUUCAAACCAGGCCCGCUGUCCUCCAGGGCCAGCACCUUCCAACUGCCCUCCUUCCUCUUCCAGUCAUGAGGAAAUGGGUACUGGGAUUUCCCAGGCAAGGAUACAGAUGGAACUCUGCUCUCUCACCAUGUGGUGGCCCUGAUCCCCUCCCCACCCCCACCCCCACCCCAUCUGUAGUGCAGGGGAGGAGCUUGGUGGGCCCUGCCCUUCUGUGAGUGAUUUGGGCUGCCGUAGUAAUGCCUCAAUACUGAACAUGUGGUCACAUAGAGUCUGAUUAUAUGGUACAUGCGUCCACGGCAUCCCUGAAGCAUUUGUGUGAAACAAGGAGCCACAGCGUAUUGGCCGUGCGGUGAAUGCUCUGUUUCUGGUAGCAGUGCGUUGUCCAUUCAGCUCAUCUGUUAGAGUCCCGUAUUGCCUCCCUAACGUGCGGACCAGAGGUGGGUCACUGGCCACAUUCAUAAGAAAAUGCAUCCCAAGUUAGAAACAGUUGACUUACUGAUGAGCCUUACAAAUGAACUAGAAAUUUGCUUGAGAGAACAACUUUGAAAUGAGGACCCUGUGGUCCAGCUGCUUCUCAAGGAAUCAUGACCUCCCCUAAUGAUUCAAAUGUCAACUUUCUGGGCAUAGGGGAAGAUAAAGAGAAUGGCCUGUCGUUAGGGUUAACCCAUUAAAGCUCAGCCUGGAAAAUGUUUCUGAUGGCACACCCAGACUCGGUCCAUUUCUGACUUUCAGCUUCUUGGUCACCUGAUUGCCCACUCCUCCCCCAGGAAAAGGCAGCGUGGAAAGUGUUUGGAAAUACAGUUCACUCUGAGGCCGCUACCGUGCCGAUGAGUAAUAGAGCGUCAAAGGAAGGCCGUGGAAGAGCUUCUGAAUAUAGGCUGACCGGUUACGGGACCCGCCGGUAGGGCGAUAACAAGCCUUUCCUUCUGGUUUCCUCCCCGGGAGUGAAGGGAGUUUGAAAGGCGGGAGGCAAAGACCUCUCAGAGCAGAAAUCAGGUUUUUCCUGCAAGAGUGUGCCAGGGCUCGCUGCUGGGUGAUUGGGAUGUCUGAGAGACGAAGCCCCUUUCAGCCGGUGCCUUGGUCCUCAGUCGCUGCUCAGCGAAGACACCUGGGCUUGGGAGAACCCUCUGAGCCCCUGGCUUUAGAAUGGGCAAUGCUGCUGAAAAACAGAAGCCCCGGAAACGAAGCCGUCUGUGCCCCUGGAAACAAGACUCUCAGCGCUCCCAUCUCUCCUCCUUCACCAUGAAGCUCAAGGACAAGUUCCACUCGCCCAAAAUCAAGCGAACGCCGUCCAAGAAGGGAAAACCAGCUGAGGUGUCGGUGAAAGUCCCGGAGAAGCCUGUGAACAAAGAGGCAACAGACAGAUUUCUACCAGAGGGCUACCCUAUCCCCUUGGAUCUGGAGCAGCAGGCAGUAGAAUUUAUGUCCACCAGUGCUGUGGCUUCCAGGUCUCAAAGGCAGAAGAACCUGAGCUGGCUGGAAGAGAAGGAGAAGGAGGUCGUUAGUGCCUUGCGCUACUUCAAGACCAUUGUGGACAAAAUGGCUAUUGAUAAGAAGGUGCUGGAGAUGCUUCCAGGGUCAGCCAGUAAGGUGCUGGAGGCCAUCUUACCCCUGGUGCAGAGCGACCCUCGGAUUCAGCACAGCUCAGCCCUCUCCUCCUGCUACAGCCGGGUGUACCAAAGUCUCGCCAACCUCAUCCGCUGGUCUGACCAAGUGAUGCUGGAAGGGGUGAACUCAGAAGACAAAGAGAUGGUCACGACGGUGAAAGGGGUCAUCAAGGCUGUGCUGGACGGAGUGAAGGAGCUGGUCAGACUUACCAUCGAGAAGCAGGGGCAUCCGUCUCCAACCAGCCCAGUGAAACCCAGUUCCCCAGCCUGCAGACCUGACGGCCAGUCUGAGGUCCCCCUGACAGAUCGAGAGAUGGAGAUUCUGAACAAGACAAGUGGCCUGUCCCAGUCAGCCGAGCUGCUUCCAGACUCUACAGAUGAAGAGGUCGCGCCCCCCAAGCCCCCCUUACCUGGCAUUCGGGUGGUUGACAACAGUCCUCCACCAGCACUGCCACCGAAGAAAAGACAGUCAGCUCCGUCCCCGACCCGGGUGGCCGUCGUGGCCCCCAUGAGUCGGGCCACCAGUGGUUCCAGUUUGCCCGUUGGAAUUAAUAGGCAGGAUUUUGACGUGGACUGUUACACACAGAGGCGGCUGUCAGGAGGCAGCCACUCAUACGGCGGAGAAUCACCCCGCCUGUCCCCCUGCAGCAGCAUGGGCAAGCUCAGCAAGUCAGACGAGCAGCUGUCCUCUCUGGACAGGGACAGCGGGCAGUGCUCCCGGAACACAAGCUGUGAAACACUAGAUCACUAUGAUCCCGACUACGAAUUCCUUCAGCAAGACCUCUCUAAUGCAGACCAGAUACCUCAGCAAGUGGCCUGUAAUCUUAGCCCAUUGCCGGAGUCCUUGGGAGAGUCUGGGUCUCCGUUCCUCGGCCAUCCCUUCCAGUUGUCCCCGGCACCUGGCAGCUGUCCCCAGCAAGAGGGGUCCUCGGCUCCAGGACAGCAGAUGGACAUGCCGCCUGCCCUCCCCGAGAAGAAGCGCAGGAGCGCGGCCUCGCAGACCACGGACAGCUCCGGCUGCAGGGUGUCCUAUGAGCGACACCCCUCGCAAUACGACAACAUCUCUGAGGGUGACCUGCAGAACCCAGCCUCGGCCCCGUCUGUCCCCUUCACGCCCUUUGCUGCUGUUCUCCCCUUUCAGCAAGGAGGGUCCCCAGCCUCUGUCGAGUUUGUGGGUGACUUCACCGUUCCUGAAUCAUCGGGUGACCCGGAAAAACCGCCUCCUCUACCAGAGAAGAAAAACAAACACAUGCUGGCCUACAUGCAGCUGCUGGAGGACUACUCGGAGCCGCAGCCGUCCGUGUUCUACCAGACGCCGCAGAACGAGCACAUCUACCAGCAGAAGAACAAGCUCCUCAUGGAGGUGUACGGCUUCAACGACUCCUUCAGCGCCGAGGCCCCGCAGGAGCUGGCCCCGCCCCCCGCCCUGCCCCCCAAGCAGCGGCAGCUGCAGGCCUCCUAUGCUGCUUCUUCCUUCUCCUCUGUCUCCUACUGUGUCCAGCAAACUAAAGUGGCCUUCACCCCCGAGGACGGCAGUGCCACUCAGGGCAUCAGUGUGUCCGUCUCUAACUCCUUUCUCAGCCGGCACGGCAACUUGCCCGUGCCCUCGUAUAAAUCUGUGUUUAGGUCCUACUCCCAGGAUUUCGUGCCUCACAACCAAGCUUCCGUUCAGCCUUUCCUCCCGUCUACCCCCUCUUCCUCUCCACACUUCCCGCCCGUCCACCAGUCUCAGAGCUCUGACUUAGCGGUGCCGACCGUGGCCAGUCUGCCUCCCAGCACCGUGGACGGGCCUCUCUCGUCUUCUCAGGAGAGCAGCUUUCAUGGGAACACUGUCUGCCUUCCUUCCGAAACCUCUCUCACUGACUCGCCCCCGACGCCUUCGAGUGAAAACGCCAGCGAGGAGGCUGGUGAGGGUGAAUACGUCAAUCUGUAUUCCUCUGGCCAGAGCAGCGAGGAGCUGCCUCACUCCCGAGGAGAAUCACCAGCUACGAAAGACGGACAUCCCAGAGACCCCGCAUUGGGCAGCGGCGCACCUGGGAAGGAGAGCAGAGACGGCGAAAGGGCCCCAAGGUCACCAGAUGCUUCAGAGUUGGCUCGGUCGGAGGAGGAAGUUGACGAGCUGUCCCUCAUCGACCAUAAUGAAAUCAUGGCAAGGCUGACACUGAAGCAACAGGGUGACGAUGGGCCGGACGUCCGUGGCGGGUCCGGAGAUAUCCUGCUGGUGCACGCUACUGAGACAGACAGGAAAGACUUGGUGUUGUACUGUGAGGCCUUCUUGACCACCUACAGGACCUUCAUCACCCCAGAGGAGCUCAUCAAGAAGCUGCAGUACAGGUACGAGAAGUUCUCUCCCUUCGCCGACACGUUCAAGAAACGCGUGAGCAAGAACACGUUCUUCGUGCUGGUGCGGGUGGUGGAUGAGCUCUGCCUAGUGGAGUUGACAGAAGAGAUCUUGAAGCUGUUGAUGGAACUGGUCUUUCGCUUGGUGUGCAACGGGGAGCUCAGCCUGGCGCGCGUGCUCCGGAAGAACAUCCUGGACAAGGUGGACCAGAAGAAGCUGCUCAGGUGUGCCAACUCCGACCAGCCCCUGGCAGCCAGGGGGGUGGCCGCCAGGCCGGGGACGUUACACGACUUCCACAGCCAUGAGAUAGCUGAGCAGCUGACCCUGCUGGACGCUGAGCUCUUUUAUAAAAUAGAGAUUCCUGAGGUUUUGCUUUGGGCCAAGGAGCAGAAUGAGGAGAAAAGCCCCAACUUGACCCAGUUCACGGAGCACUUCAACAACAUGUCUUACUGGGUCCGCUCAAUAAUCAUGUUACAAGAAAAAGCCCAGGACAGGGAGCGGCUGCUGUUGAAGUUCAUCAAGAUCAUGAAGCACCUGCGGAAGCUGAACAACUUUAACUCCUACCUGGCCAUCCUCUCGGCACUGGACUCGGCGCCCAUCCGCAGGCUGGAGUGGCAGAAACAGACCUCGGAGGGCCUGGCCGAGUACUGCACACUGAUCGACAGCUCGUCCUCCUUCCGCGCCUACCGGGCCGCCCUCUCCGAGGUGGAGCCCCCCUGCAUCCCGUACCUGGGGCUUAUCCUGCAGGACCUCACCUUUGUUCACCUGGGAAACCCAGACUAUAUCGACGGGAAGGUGAACUUUUCCAAACGGUGGCAGCAGUUCAACAUCCUGGACAGCAUGCGAUGCUUCCAGCAAGCGCACUACGACAUCCGGAGAAACGAUGACAUCAUCAACUUCUUCAAUGACUUCAGCGACCACCUGGCGGAGGAGGCGCUGUGGGAACUGUCUCUGAAGAUCAAGCCCAGGAAUAUAACGAGGAGAAAAACAGACCGGGAGGAGAAAACCUAGAAGCUGGUGGCGUGAGCGAGGAGAACACGGCUCGAGAGGGGCCCCGAGGGCGGCUCCGAGACCGGGAGGGACGUUGGACCUGUCCCCGGGCAGGCUGCACGCGUCCUGGCCCCGAGGCCCAGCCAGCCCUCGGCUGUGACGGGUGGGAGCCCCGGCAGCCUCCCAGCCCCGCGGGAGCAGACGCCAGGCCCGCAGUGGAGCCAGCAGGCGGGUCUCGUUCCCGAUUUGUGAACCCCGUGGUGUUGGUUUCUGCUUUCACUUCUGUGUCCCCCUCCGCACCCCUCCCCCGCCUGGCAACAGCACAGGGAUGUCAGCAGACAGGGUGGGGGCGGGGAUGGUGGCCUCUUCGCCCCCCCCUGGGUCCUGGAUCUGCUGACGUGACACACAGGUAGAG